AUGGAGGAUUACUCUAUAGUCACUCUUGACGGCGCCUCUUAUGGCAUGUUGAGUAGCACAAUGCAGCCUGCGUAUUACCAGAAACUUGCAGACAGAGGAUGGCGACGCUACACCAUUAGACUCGAUGCCAGUGCGUUCAAGUCGAGGAAAGAUCAACGAAAGGCUGCAAAUAAGUGGAAUCGGCAUGUCCUUGGCCAGGACUAUCGGCAGAAAGCUGCAAGAUAUUGCCCCAAGUCACGACAAGAGACAAAGCGCCUCAAAAACACAUUCGACCUAUGGCAUACCGUCCAUGAGUCCGAGUAUAAUUACAUCACAAAGCCUUUGGAUCUAAAGACUCAACAACACAUCGUCCCUGCUCACAAGUUUGAAGUCACACUCGAGCCAGACAAUUAUACCAAGGAGAAAUACGAUUUGUUCCACAAUUAUCAGCAAAAUGUACAUAAGGAAAGUCCAGAUGAGAUAUCUGUGCAAGGCUUCAAAAGAUUUCUCUGCUCUGGGUUAGGACAGACAUAUGAGAAAUCUUUUGAUGAUGAUGAAACAAAUGAAAAAAAAUUGGGUUCCUAUCACCAGUGUUACCGUCUAGACGGUAGACUCAUCGCGCUAGGCGUACUCGACCUUCUCCCAAAUUGUGUAAGCUCUGUAUACCUCAUGUUCGUCGUUCUCAAGCUCUCUUUGGAGAAGAAGCUAAUUACAACUAGGUAUCACAAUAAUUUUGCUUCUUGGGAUUUUGGAAAAUUGUCCGCUUUGAGAGAAAUUGACCUAGCUCGGGAAGCCGGCUACUCAUACUACUAUAUGGAUCCUAUCUCGUACGACUGGGAUUUGCUUGACGCAGAUCUUCGAGAACGCUUGAAUGCUAGAGCAUUUGUAUCAAUGGCCUUGGAGCGCACGCUAGAUAUUCCUUCGGAGCGUGCAGAUCUGCAAACUUUCAUCCAGGACCUUUUGGAUGCGGCCAGGCCAAACCAAGCCAUUGACAUUGGCAACGUCAAAUAUGAGACGGCAUUAGACUACGUCAGAGGUAGUAAGUAUGGACAUCCAGCCACGAAAGAGUUUUCAGACAUCUUCCGGAGAGGCAUGCCUGGCGCCAUGUCUCUUGACGAAGUCAGGAGAAGUGAUGUUUUUCCAAAGUGGAAGAUCACGCAGAGUUCUCAUACCUUUGAAUUAAAGGAAUUGACCUACGAACGACGGAACGCCAAUGUCCCAGAAUCGAUAGAUAAUCACCAUCGUCAACAUUUGAGUCACCUCUAUGACGAGCUCUAUGAUAGUACGGGUCGCCUACAGAAGGCGACAUCUGACGAGAAAGCUUCCUCCGAUGGGAAUUCCGAACACCUUACCAAAGCUGAGGGUGAAAUCGAAGCGGACAGGGAUGCACCACAUCCAGGCUUGAAAAAGGGAAUUCCAACAUCAUCGGCUACUGUUACGUUGCCAUCCGCUGACUCAGAUGCUGAGUCUCAACGAAAGCUGCAUUCUGAGGACAAUAGAAAGACAUGA